UUCGGAAAUGCUUUAAAAAGGGAGCCCAUGGCUUCUGACAUUCAGGUUUCAGAACUGCAACCUGACGGAGUAAUCUGACUAUCAUCCUGAGCACAAAUGCGGGAAUUAACGCUGUGUUCGGACGAUUUGUAACUUUGUCCAACUUCUGGUCAAGUUUUAUUAUUAUUAUUAUUAUUAUUAUUAUUAUUAUUAUUAUUAUUACUUUAAACCUAUAGAUAAAUCUCUAGAUGGUGAAGAUGGGAAAAGACUACUACAGCAUAUUAGGGAUUCAGAAAGGUGCGUCUGAUGACGAGAUCAAGAAAGCGUACCGCAAACAAGCUUUAAAAUAUCAUCCGGAUAAAAACAAGUCGCCCAACGCCGAAGAGAAGUUCAAGGAGAUCGCGGAAGCCUACGACGUCCUGAGUGAUCCAAAAAAGAAGGACAUUUAUGACAAGUUCGGUGAAGAAGGGUUGAAGAGCGGAUCUGGCGGUGGCGGUGGUGGCGGCCCCGGCUUCACGUACACCUUCCAGGGCGACCCGCAUGCCAUGUUUACUGAGUUCUUUGGUGGGCGGAACCCCUUUGAGCACAUCUUUAGUCACAGCAUGAGUGGCAAUGAUUACAUGGAUGUGGAUGAGCCAUUUGCAAGCUUUGGCAUGGGUGGUGGGCACCCCUUUGGUGGGAGGAUUAAGAAAAAGCAGGACCCCCCGGUGACCCACGAGCUCCGUGUCAGCCUGGAGGAGGUGUUCAGCGGUUGCACCAAGAAAAUGAAAAUCUCACGACAUAGGCUGAACCCAGACGGCCACAGCACACGCACAGAGGAAAAGAUUCUCACGGUGGAGGUGAAGAAGGGCUGGAAGGAGGGAACCAAGAUUACCUUCCCUAAAGAAGGUGACCAGAUGCCGAACAACAUCCCCGCCGACGUCAUAUUCAUCGUGAAGGACAAACCGCAUCCGGUGUUUAAGAGAGACGGAUCAGACAUCAUCUACCCAGCUAAGAUCUCACUCAAAGAGGCUCUCUGUGGUUGUACAGUAAAGGCCCCAACGUUGGACAAGCGCACUGUCUCCCUGUCACUGCAAGACGACAUCAUCCGCCCCGGGAUGAAGCGGCGCAUCACAGGCGAAGGCCUUCCUUUGCCCAAGAGUCCCGAACGCCGUGGCGAUUUAAUCAUUGAGUUUGAGGUGAAAUUUCCUGAGAGAUUGACUCGGGACGCCAAGGACACCAUUGCACAGGUCUUACCCUCGUAACAGUUGCACAUGAUGACGUUGCGUCCACCGACUGAAAGCUGUGACGCAUGAACCUAUGAACUGAGUUACGCUGAAUUGCAAGCCGGCGAGUCUUUCUGGAUGACCAGUCUUCUUUGCUGCCCUUUGAUCUUUUGCUCAACUGAAAAGACGUUUCAAUUUUUCAUAACUGAGAGCUUGUGUUUGAAAUUCGCUUUAAAUGUACAGUGAGUAAAACUCCAUGUACUACUGGAGGACAUUCCACGAAGUGAGCAAACCUGAUGAACCAGACUUACUCCAUCAAACCUGGCUAGGUUCUCUCGAUUUUGUCUCCAUGAAAGAAGCUCAGUUAUUAUGGCAACAUAUGCCGUUUUGGACAAGACUGCUCAGGCUAAUGCUGAAGCUUAGCUGAGUUUGAUGAAUUGUGACAGCUUCUUGAGUUAUUUGGUAUCUUAAAUGGACUGAUUGUUUGAAUAUGUAUUCUGUUGGCCGUCUUCUGCCAGGCAGUUUCUAUGCCUUUAUUACUACGCAGGGUAUUUCACUGUCUUCAUGUCUUGUAAAGUUUAAUAAACAAUCUCUGCUUUA